AUUCGCUUCAGUUGGUGAGCAACUUUCGCAGGCAACGCACGUGAAUUUCGUAUUCGGAUUCGGAUUCGGUCUUUCGGUUUCGACGCGUGAGAAUAUAUCUCAAACUGUUUGAAUAAACUAUUAGCAUUUCCCGGGUCGCGUAAGCCACAUUCGAAAUCCUCAAGAUGCCGGACGAAGUGCCCGCCAAAGGCAGCAUAUUGGGCAAACUCGUGCCCGCUCGCUAUGUGUUGGCUCUGCUGGGCUCCAUCGGCAUGGCCAUUGUCUACGGACUGAAAGUGAAUCUCAGCGUGGCCAUGGUGGCCAUGUUGAAUCACUCGGCCAUUAAGGCGCUCAGCGAUGAAUCCGGAAAAUCGUCGCUAUCGAAUGUCACUAAAGAGUCCUUGGAGCUGGAGUGCUCCCCGCCGGGAGGAGCCAGCAACGUGACGGCGAAGGUGGAGGACGGACCCUUUAUCUGGAGCGAACCCCUGCAGGGCAUCCUGCUGAGUUGCUACUUCUGGGGCUAUUUGGUGUCCCAGAUCCCACUCGCUCAUGUCGCUGAGAACUUUUCCGCCAAGUGGGUGAUGCUCUUCUCGGUGGCCAUUAAUGUGGUGUGCACCCUAUUGACUCCCGUGUUUACCAAUCUGCAUUACGGAGGUCUAAUCCUGAUGCGAGUGCUGGAGGGCAUCGGCGGAGGAGCCUCCUUCCCGGCCAUGCACGUGAUGAUCGCCUCCUGGGCCCCGCCCACCGAGCGCAUGGUCAUGUCCACCAUCAUCUAUGUGGGCACCUCGGCGGGAACGGCUCUCUCCAUCCUCCUGGCCGGCGUUUGCUCCGCCCAAUGGGGCUGGGAGUCGGUGUUCUAUGUGAUGGGCGCCCUGAGCUGCAUCUGGAUGCUGCUCUGGGUCAUCCUGGUGCAGGACAGUCCCAACAAGCAGCGCUUCAUCAGCCCGGAGGAGCGGCAGAUGAUCAACAGCUCGCUGGGCACGGAGCAGAAGGUGGAUCACCACCCAUCGGUGCCGUGGAUCAAGAUCUUGAAGUCCGUUCCCUUCUGGGCCAUCCUCAUCGCACACACCUGCAGCAACUUCGGCUGGUACAUGUUCCUCAUCGAGAUUCCCUUCUACAUGAAGCAAGUGCUCAAGUUCAACGUGGCCAGCAAUGCGGCACUCAGUGCCCUGCCCUACUUCCCCAUGAUCAUCUUCAGUAUCUGUCUCGGCAAGUUGUUGGACAGUCUGCAGGCUAAGGGUAAAAUCAGCACUACCUUUGCCCGCAAGACGGCCACCUCCAUUUGCACUCUGAUCCCUGGUGCUUGUCUGCUGGCUCUCUGCUACAUUGGAUGUCAGCAUUAUGAGGCCGUGACCAUCAUGUCCGUUGGCAUUGUGGCCAUGGGAUCCAUGUUCUCCGGCUUCCUGUCCAACCACAUCGACAUUGCCCCCAAUUUCGCCGGCACUCUGGUGGCGCUGACCAACACGGCGGCUACUUUGCCUGGAAUCGUGGUGCCACUCUUCGUGGGAUUCGUCACCAAGGGAAAUCAAACCAUUGGAGCCUGGCGCAUUAUCUUCGGAGUGACCAUCGUCCUGUUCGCUUUGGAAUUCCUGGUAUUUGUCUUUUUGGGUUCUGGUAAGGAGCAGCCAUGGAACAAGUCAGGAUUGCCCAGGGCUCCGGAGGCCAAGGACGAAAAGACUCCGUUGAAGGAGCUCUCACCAACCAAACCCUAAAUCUAUAAUCUCUCUUCGAUUGCCCUGCCUCAAUUACUCGAUGAAACGCUGCUUGAUCAAGAUCUGAAUCCUGAAUGAAAUAAAGCGAGCACCAAAUGAAAUGGUCGACACUGGACUGUAAAUACCAAUUACAAAUUAUGCAAUGCCCACCCAAAAUGGGGAACGCCUAAAAAUCAAAAUUUAAAAUGAAUCUUGGCGUUUCAUAUUGAAAUAAGAAACAAAAGAAACACCAAUAUGAAAUACCGAAUAUGUUUAAAUCGUUUUGAAAUUGCAUUUUUAUGAGUUCUCUUUUUAGAGAGUGCACUGUAGUUUUUAGAUCGCUGUAACCCUAUAGUUAGUAGCCGUACACCAUUACGGAUAAACACUUCAGCCCGCCUAAUGUACUUAACACUCUUGAUUUCAAAAGUUGUCUACAAAUAAAGCGCCGUCUCAGUGGA